ACGGCCUGGAGGGAGGUUGUUCUGAAUCAUCUCAGCGCCCUACCUGACUUAACCAGUGCUUGCCCAGGCGCUACCUGCGACCUGGGAGUGCUCCUUCGUGCUCGAAGUGCGCAGACACAUCGGGUCGCACUUUGUGCUUUUGUGCAGAGUUCUAUGGUCUUCCAGAAGUGACCUGAGGAGCAAGGAAGCAUGGAUAUUGUGGAUGCAAAAACCACGUUCGAGGUGAGACCAGUGCAAGAUGAAUCACUAACUCUGUGGAGGGCAUCAUACAAGUGUACUUCACAAGCUUCGUGGAGAAAUGGAAUUAAAAUUUUGGAGUUGGUGAUGUUCAGCGACGUCGCUAUCGAGUUCUCCGAGGAGGAGUGGGAGUGCCUGGGUCCUGCUCAGAGAGACCUGUACCGAGACGUGAUGCUGGAGAACUACGGCAACUUCGUAUCACUGGUGCAUCAUAUCAGGAGAUAAAUGAUGUCCACAUGUCUUGUUACUGGUGAUGCUAACUUUGAUCUGUUUGUUAAAGUGGCGUCCUCUAGGUUCUGCAUUGUAAAGCCACUACUUUUACUUUUGCAAACAGUAAGUAGCUUGUUGUGAAGUACUUUGAAACUCUACAAAUAUUCUCUUUCUUGUGAUACUUUCCUCACUUAUUUUAGUUUUCAUUGAUGAUUCCUGCAUGCAAUAAUCAUUUACGCUGGUGUUUGCCAAAUGGUGAUUUUCUGUUUCCAUCAUCCUUCUGAGGAAACUGAAUUUGCUUUAGGUUAAACCAGCUCUAAAUCACAAUAGGUUUUGGUUUCUGUAUUUUUAAUAUCCUAUUUCUUUGAGCAGGACUUGCCAUUUCUAAGCCAUCAGUGAUUUCCCUGUUGGAACAAGGGAAA